UCGGGUGCAGGCAGAGCACCCGACGUCGACAGCCAGCGCGCGCACCCCACCAUGGCGCGCCCGCGGAACCCGCGACCUUUGCCGCCUGCGCUCCUGCUCGUGCUGCCGCUGCUGCUCCGAGCUGGGGACCACCUCCCCACAGAAGGCCGACUCACAAACAGCUGUAUCCAGGCCAGGAGGAAGUGCCAGGCCGAUCCCACUUGCAAUGCUACCUACCACUACCUGAAUUCCUGUGCCUCAAGUAUAAGCACCUCAUCACCUGCAGAGGAGCCUUUGGUCCCUGAGGACUGCAUGGAGGCAGCACAGCAACUCAGGAAUAGCUCUCUGAUGAGCUGUACAUGCCAUCGGCGCAUGAAGAACCAAGCUACCUGCCUGAACAUCUACUGGACCAUACAUCCUGCCCGCAGCCUUGGUGACUAUGAGCUGGAUGUCUCUCCCUAUGAAGACACAGUGACCAGAAAACCCUGGAAAAUGAAUCUCAGCAAACUGAACAUGCUCAUACCAGACUCGGACCUUUGCCUCAAGUUCGCCAUGCUGUGUACUCUCAAUGACAAAUGUGACCGGCUGCGCAAGGCUUACGGGGAGGCGUGCUCUGGGUCCCGCUGCCAGCGCCACACUUGCCAAAGGCAGCUGCGCGCCUUCUUCGAGAAGGCCUCAGAGCCUCACUCGCAGGGCCUGCUGCUGUGCCCCUGCGCGCCUACCGAUCAGGGCUGCGGGCAGCGCCGGCGCAACACCAUCGCCCCCAGCUGCGCGCUGCCCCCGGAGGCCCCCAACUGCCUGGAGCUUCGGCACGUCUGCGUAUCCGACCCGCUGUGCAGAUCACGUCUGGCAGAUUUUCAGACCCACUGCCAUCCCAUGGACAUCCUAGGGACCUGUGCAACAGAGGAGUCCAGAUGUCUGCGAGCAUACAUGGGGCUGAUUGGGACUGCUUUGACUCCCAAUUUUGUCAGCAAUAUCAAUGCCAGUGUUGCCUUAAGCUGCACCUGCCGAGGCAGUGGCAAUCUGCAAGAGGAGUGUGAGCGGCUGGAAGAGUCCUUCUCCCACAACCCCUGCCUUAUGGAGGCCAUUUCAGCUAAGAUGCGUUUUCACAGCCAACUCUUCUCCCAGGACUGGGCAGCCUCUACCUUUUCGGUGAUGGAACGCCAGAACAAAAACCCUGCUCUGAGGCCACAGCCUUGGGUGCCCACUCUUUUCUCCUGUACUCUUACCUUGAUUCUGCUCUUGAGCCUCUGGUAGCUGGACUUCCUCAGGGGCCCUCUUCCCUUCUACCACAC